AUGACCAUCAAAUCCGCCUCCACAACAACAACUCCGAGCAACCAUAAUAACAACACCAACAACAACAACAACAACUCGAAUAAACGUAACUACGGGCAGGCAAUAUUUAGGAGCUCAGGCAGUAGUCAAGAUUUGCACAAAGACUCUCAACAACGAUGCAGUGUGUCACUUCCUGCAAUUACUUCAUCCAAACGCCUUAGUACAAGCACAGCUGCAGCUUCCUCGGCGCGAAACAAGCGUACAAGCAAUGGAAAUACCACCUCAUCCUCCUCCUCCAUGAAUAAUACCACCAAUGCAAACAAUACAUGCUCUUACAGUGUUGUGUAUCGUAAUGGAAGUUCUCGUAGUAAUCAAUCCUCACGAGCAACAAGCCGAGCGAGUCGAGAUGAUUCAACUCCCUCGAGUGGAAGGAAUAGUGAGGACUUCAACUCUACAGAAAGCAUGAAUCUCGUUCUAGAUCAAGAAGCAACAGUACUUGAUGAAGACACACUCCAAUUCAUUUCUCUCAUGAAAAAGGAUUUGGCGGUUCUUCAUAAAAAACUGUAUGAAUAUAAGGCAGACGAGAGAGGUCAACGUUUGAGCUUGGAUGAUUUUUCCAAUGUAUCACAAUGUAUUUUCCAUCAUGACUCGUUCAAAACAAGAUAUUAUCUGUUGGAAAUGCUUGUUGAGAAAAUUGUCGAAUUGCAACAUCAUCUUCUUCAGAAAACUGAUCGGUUAAUUCCCGUUUCGAAACGAUUCAAAGUUAAUAAUGUUUGCGUUUCUUCAAAGUUGCAAAAAUUCAUCGAAGUGACUGAUAGAAUUAUGGAUGUUGUUGAACAAUCUAGAAAUUCCAAGGUUCAAACUUUUCAAAAAGAAACUCAAACGAGUGAUGUCACUCACAAAAAAUCAAAUUCAGAUUCGCUCCUGACAGGAUCAACGUUCGUUGAAUGGAAUGAUACCUCCAAUGAAAAGGAAUUGUUGGAAAAACAAAAGAUUGAAUUGGAAGAAGAAAAAUCGAGCUUGAGUACAAGCGUUUCCAAUCUCACAGAAAAAUUAUAUCAAACAGCCUUGGAAAAAACUGCUCUUGAGGAAAAGCUAAAAGCAUCAACCUUGAAAUACGAGUCUACAAUUUCGAAUCUCAAUUCACAAAUUGAGAAUCUUAAACAAAGUAUUGCAUACAUGUCAACUGAAAAAUCAUCACUCACAGAGAAAUUAAAUGCUCAACAAGGUGCAUUGCAUGAGACAGUGAAUGACUUGAAUCUUCAAUUAAGGCAAGGAAUGGAACGCAUUCAGCAAUUGGAGGAGCACAUUGGUAGAAAGGAGAAGGAAAUAGAGCAACUGAGAAAAGAAAACGAACUCACAAGGAAGGAGGAUGACCUACAGGAGAAGUAUUCCAAUCUUCUCAAAUAUAACACACAACUCGAAAAGGAUUACAAAGACAUGCUGGAAGAAUGUAAUCAUGUGAAGGAGUCAUCUUCCAAAAAUGAGUCUCUCUAUGCAAAUGCAAUGGAGGCUCUUCGUGAAAUGCAAGAAUCACACAAGCGCCUCACGCAAGAAUUCACAUUGAAAAAUGAUACCAAAAAACUCCAAUACAAGCUGGAGAUGGCAGAAAAAAUCGCCAUGCAAAAGGAAUUUCAGUAUGAAGAGUUGGUCAAGGAGUAUCAAAUUCUUUCCAUAGAGCUCGGUAUCAACCAAAAGCAAAAUGAAAACCUUAAAGAACAGCUCAAAGUCAUGCAAAGAGAGAAUCAACGUCUCAUUAAACAAGAGCAAGUAGAAAGUGAUUCUCAGCAGGAAAUUGUCUUGAUCAGAAAGGAUUAUGAGGAGAAACUCAAAUCCAUGAAUGAAAAAAUCAAGGAGCUACAAUUUAACCAUAUGAUGCAGUUGCAAUCUCUCAAUGAUACAUUCAUACAGGAGAGAAAAAUGAUGCAAAGGAAGGCAGACAAAUUUAAACAGAGAUGUGAUUUGUUAGAAGCCAGGCUUAAUGAGCUGGAGCAGCAAAAAUAG